AUGGCCACUAACUACAGUGCCAACCAGUACGAAAAAGCAUUCUCACCCAAGUAUCUGCAGAACUGGUGUCUCGCCAAGCCAACGAAAGAGCGCUUCUCUUCCACUUUCCCCCAGAGCAUUCCUUCCCACGAAGGCUACACUCAGAUUAUCGCCAACGACCGUGGCCAUCUGCUGCCUUCAGUGCCCCGUUCCAAGGCAAGUCCUUGGGGUACCUUCAUGGGCACCUGGGAGAUGCCUCUGAAGAUACCCCCUGCUCGGGUGACCCUGACGUCCCGUACAGCUGCUGGUGCUGCCUCCCUCACCAAAUGGAUCCAGAAAAAUCCUGACUUACUCAAGGCCUCCAAUGGGCUUCGUCCAGAAAUCUUGGGCAAGCCCCAGGACCCAGCCAGUCAGAAGAAACCCCAGAACUCUGUCCAGCAAGCACCAAGUCCAGCCAUCAUCCCAAGGUCCCCAGCCACAGACCUCAGUUCCCCAGAUCAACCCCCAAGUGCACACCCCUCGGCAGGUCACACUCCAGGUCCCCUCAGCCCAGCCAGCACUCCCAAGUGCCCACCCGGGAGCCCAUGCACAUAG